CGCGCGUUUUCGCUUUAGGUGGGUACGUAUAAAAAUUCUUCUCGUUGUACGAUUUUCUGUUAUUUCUAAUUCCUUUCGGAAAAAGUUUUUUCGUAUCUCAGUCAUGUAUAAUUUCGAAAGUGCGGAUAGCACUUUCCGGAUGGUUAUUGCAUCAAUUGGAACAAGCCAGUAAUUCGAAGAAGCCAAGUUGGGCGAAUACGCCGCGUACGGAAAAACGGUUUUCAGCUCGAGUCCAAAAUGGUUUGCUGAACACGAAAGGCGUAUAUUUCGAUGCCAAUUUUUCAAAAACAAAAAAAGCGAAUUUCAUUGAAUUUGACGUACAAACGUAGGUGUUUAAAAAAGUAGGGUCCCAUUAAAAAAUAUGCAGUCGAUUUUCAUUUCACCUUAAUACUUUAGCUGAAAAUGAAACUAACAAUAAGUAGUAAUAGAGCGUCCACUUUGAGACUCUUUUGUCCGAAACAUUUUACUCUUUUCAUUUCGUUUUAUUUCAAAAUAUUUAUAUCUUAAUUUAAACGCUGCACUCUGUGUAUCCGACAACGAGAGUUAGAGAGGAGAGGGAGAAUGCUGACUGGCAAGUAUGCGGGACGCGCGCUUAUGCUCGACGGUUGCGUCCAUCUCGACAUUAGUAAAGUGAUCCACGUUUCCAAAACAAGCCUAACCUCUUUAGUUGGAGCAAGGCAACAUAAUUCUGUGAUCUUGUCUACGAUUAUCGAUCGUAUCGUCGAGUUAUCAAGAUCGUCAAAUACGAUCAGACGUAUUCGUUGAUGAUCAAGAGGCACGGUAGUGUCGCGAGAAGACGCGAUACCGAUUUAGCUGGUUAAUACUGAAAAUCUUAAUAUUCACAAGAGUGUUUAUUAUCAAGCAACAUUUAUAAUUUCGUCGAUAGAUCGGGAACUGGGCAGUCUGGAAACUCGCCAAGGGUGACGCUCCGACUUAACCAGGUGCGAGGAACGAGAGAUGAAAAAAGGGGGGGAAGUGCCUCAAACUCCCGUCAAAGUAGUAUGAGUGUACAGCAAAGUCAAGGGUCAAUGGAUACUUCGCCGAAAACGUCGGUCAAUGCGGCAAAUAUGAAUGCCGUUUCUGGUGCUAGCAUAUCUGGCAACGCGUCUUCGUCAACCGACAGUGGUGACGUAUACGAGUUCAAAAGCUCAAAGGAACCAACACCAGUUAGAGGUGCGAGUUCGUCUCCGAAUCCUAAUCUGGACAAAGAUAAGGACGGUAGCAAGUCGUCAAAUGGUCAAGGAGGCCAGAAUACUAGUAGCAAUGUACCUACUGCCUGCAUGUCGAUGUCCAGUGAAGCAAUGACGGUAUCGUUGACUUCGGAUGAGGCAUCGACCGUUCUGACAUCUCCUUCAUCAAAACGUACCUUUGAGGGCGACAAUACGGAGGAACAAGAUGAGGAAAAUCGUCGGAAAAAACGAAAAGAUUCCGAAAGCACAAAGGAAAAUCUGAAGAAUAAUACAACGGGAAGACAGAGUACCAAUAGAAACGUUACUGGCAGUGGAGAAAAGUGUGUUAAAUCUAGUAAGCAGGGAUCUGGGACCGCAUCGGGCAAAGGAAGUCAAAGUACGAGCUCUAGUGGUGACAGAAAAAGUCCUAGUGCUUCCUCAAUGGCUAGUAGUCCGAAACCUUCGAAUACUUCUAACGCAACAAAUACGAAGAUCAAUGUUCCAGCGCCACCUGAAUCCGAUAGCGAGGAUGAUCGAUCAAAAUGCUCCGAUUCUAAUUCCGCUCCUAAAGUACCACCUUUAAAAAUAGUUAUUCCACAGAGUACUACGUCGGAACAGGAGCAAGGCAAUAGAAACGGUAAAAAUAUUACUAACAGGAGUCAUCAACUACCUUACGUGGUUGCUAGUUCGAACAGCGAUUCCACGGAGAAAGAUCAAUGUCAAUCAACUAGUGGCACAACAAGUCCUACGGAAGGUAGCAAUAAUAAUAUAAAAGGAGAGGAUAAGAAGGAUCUUGUUGGUACUUUGUACGGAGAAGAAAGAUCGAUACAUCAUCAACGGGUGUUGAGAAGUGCGCAUAGAACUGGCAAUGGUGGUAGCGGUUCUACGGCGCCGAAAGAGGCCGUGCCUUCAUCAGGUAAUGGAAAUUAUUCCAACUCGUCACCAUUACCAGUUAAUACUUGUACGGAUCGUUCAAAUAAUUCCUCACCACAACAAAGACAUCAUUCACCAACGCCCGAGGCAAUUGCAUCAGAUGCUAGCAAGGCUACUUCGUCGGAAUCGACAACUGUAGGAACCGUCGUCUCGAAGUCUAACACGAUUACAGAAAAAUCGGACAAAAAUACAGAUGCUGCUGGAAAAAGUCAAAAGGACAGCGCUACAGAAAAUUUAGACAACACCGUGGCAACUACCUCCGCUGCGACGUCUAAUCCUGGUAUGCCACCAACAGCGCCUGUUGAACUUCAUCCUAGAAAAAGAAAAAUGAAACCUAGCAAAGAAGCACAACAGGCAGCAGCUACAGCUGCUGCUAAUGAAGCGACCGAAACUAUUAAUACGGGACCAGAAAUUCAUCCGCAUGAUCAACCGAUAACCAAUUGUUAUCAGCUAUUUCUUAACAUUAGAAAACAGAUCGAAAGAAGACGAAAAGGUUUAUUCCCAGUUCAACCGAAACCUCCUCAAGGUUUCAAAGAUUAUUUGAUGAAUCGCUGUACAUAUGUAUUAGCUAGUAAUGCGAAAGAGCCAAAUGUUAGCCCACCAGUUGGUUUGCACGGAGCUAUGAAAGAUCUAUACGUUGAUUUAGAAAAAGAGCGAUAUCGUCUGAGAAUGCAACAUGUGGUCGAAAAAGAAAAAUUAGUUUUAUCAGUGGAACAGGAAAUUCUUCGAGUUCAUGGUAGAGCAGCCAGAGCACUCGCUAAUCAAUCCCUUCCUUUUUCCGUUUGUACGAUACUCAAAGACGAGGAAGUUUACAAUGUUAUUACUCCUGAACAAGAAGAAAAAGACAGGAAUGCGAGAAGCAGAUAUAACGGUAGAUUAUUUUUGAGUUGGCUUCAAGAUGUCGAUGACAAGUGGGAAAAAAUUAAGGAAGCCAUGUUGUUGAGGCAUCAUAACGAAGCAGAAUCUCUACACGCGGUUCAACGGAUGCACUGGGAGUGGAAAUUGAAGGAAGUGGGACUCUGCGAAUCCAAGGCGACUCCUCAAAUAGAAGAUGUUCACGUUCCGAUGGUACAUGUUUCGGAUGAUUUUGAUUUGUUACCAGCUUAGUAGAAAAUCUGUACAAUUUCUGUGGUAUAAUUGAUUAUUGCGUGUACUCGGAAUACCUUCCGGAAGAUGAUGACUUUAAUCUGUGAUUAUGAAAAAUGAUUUUUAUCCAUGUAUAAUACAUGUAUCGUUGCAUUAAUUUUAUAUUUUAUAUAUUUUAAGCAAAUUUCGCGAUACGACGAAAUAAGAAAGAAUACCCAUAUAGUAACCACAUUGAAAUAUCACGUUAUUUCUAUGCAAUUCAAAUGAAUUUGUUCAAAACAAAAGAAAUAUACAUAUUACAAUAUUGUUUCCAUCUUGGAGAUUUCGGUUGUAAAUAAAGUAGGAUUUUCAAACGUUUGUGAAAUAAAAAUUAUUAUAUUAAUAUUAAGAUAUAUUAAUAUAGACUAAUAUCUAUAAUUAUUUAUAUAUAUAACUUUUAACGCUACAAAUAACGUCAGAUUACAUUAUAGUUAAGAAAAUACUUUUUUCCUAUUAUAAUUAAUAUUACAAACAAGAUCAGAUUACUCUAUAAUUAAAAGAAAAUGUUUCCUUCGUACAUAGUAAUAUGAUUGAAGCGUGUUAAUUAAGAAAUCAAUCGUAUCAAUUUAUAUGAAUAAAUCAAAAAGAUCCUCAAUAAACUUGUUUUACUGU